AUGUCACGUGAUGACAACAGUUCUUACGAGGAUACAACGGUAUUACCUUCUGAAAUUGCCAUUCCUCGUUUAAUUCGUUUUUGGAUUAUUCUUCUCGUGUACAUUCCAUCGGUCAUCUGUUCAUUGUUUAUUUUCUAUAAUUUUAUUGUCCAUGGGACAUUGCGUCAAGCUCUUCAUAAUCAUGUUAUUGUUCUUCUUUUAUUGAUCAAUUUUAUUGUUCAACUAACAAGUAUUCCAUGGACUCUUAAUUAUUAUCGUUCAGGAUAUGUUUGGCCACAAAACUCUAUCUUUUGUCUUACAUGGUCUUUUAUUGAUGAAGCUUUAUAUAUUACAACAACAAUUCUAUUUUCUUGGGCAACUAUUGAACGACAUCUUCUCAUCUUUCAUGAUCACUUAUUAUCAACAAAAUAUAAAUUAUUUUUUUUUCACUAUUUACCAGUAGUCAUAAUCCUUCUUUAUUGCAUCUGUUACAAUACUAUUGUAAUAAUUUUUCCGCCAUGUGAAAAUACAUAUGAUUAUUCUCAACUUACAUGUGGUGAUCCUCUGUGUUAUUAUGAAUUUGUAUCAGCAGCAAUGUGGGAUGUUAUACUUAAUGAUAUAAUACCUACAAUAAUUAUUAUUUGCUGCAGCAUUACUCUUCUUUUACGUGUCGUCUAUCAAAAAUUUCGAAUGCAUCGACAAAUUCGUUGGCGAAAUCAUCGAAAGAUGACGAUUCAAAUGUUAGCAAUUUCAGCUCUGUAUCUUGUUAUAUACAUGCCAAAUAUGUUAUUGGAGUUUAUUCAUCUUUGUGGCAUUACUGAAGAAGUUGGUGCCGAUUUUAUGUUGUAUGCAGAAUUCUGUGAAUAUUAUGGCCAUCUUUUACUACCUUUUGUAUGUGCUAUAUCAAUGCCUGAACUUAGAAGACAUAUUCACAAAAUAAUCCCAUAUAGCCGACAGCAAACACGCGCAGUUGGACCUCAAGUAUUGACAUUAUCGCGUCACGUAGUUGGUCCACCAUUAACAGCAAGAGUUAUAGUUUCAUGA